AGACUCCAGAAUCCAGCCAUGGAACCACCAGAAGAGUUCCCCUUCCCCUUUGAGCCAUACGACAUCCAGAAGGGGUUCAUGACCAAGCUGUACCAGACUCUGGAGGAGGGGAAAGUUGGGAUCUUUGAGAGUCCGACAGGCACAGGUAAGUCCCUGAGCUUGAUCUGUGGAGCCCUGAAGUGGCUGCAGGACCACGAGGACAGGCAGAGGAGGGAAGUGGAGGAAAUCCUGGAUGGGGCCAAACAGUCGCCGUCCUCAGAACAAAACAAGGACUCAGCAGAGUCGGACCUCCCAGCAGCACCAGACUGGGUUCAGCAGUUUGCAAAGAAAAGGGAGGCAGAGGAGAGGACUCUAAAGUCAAGGGAAGAGCAAGAAGCCAUAGUGAAGAGAGAGGCAAGGCUGGAGGAAAUCAGGAAAAACAACAGAGCUAAAUUUUUCAACAACAAACGAAAGAGAAAAGAAGGUGAGAAGACAGAAGAGGGGGAGGAAGAGUUGAUGAAGGAUGACCCUUCAGCUGAGGGUCCAGCUGAGAAACAGGAGGAUGAGGAACUCCUGGUGGAUGACUACAGGAGUGAUGAAGAGGACGGGGCAAAACAGACAAGCUCAGAGGAUGACAAGGAAGAAGAGGUACACAUUACAAAGAUCUACUACUGCAGCCGGACCCACUCGCAGCUGGCCCAGUUUGUGAGGGAGGUGCAGAAGAGUCCAUUUGGGAAGGAUGUCAGGGUGGUGUCUCUCGGGUCCAGACAGAACUUGUGCAUCAACGACUCCGUCAGGAAGCUGGGAUCCUCUCACCUCAUCAACGACAGGUGUCUGGAGAUGCAGAACAACAAGAAGAAGGAAGAGUCCAGAGAUAAGUGUGAUGAAGCUGAGAGGAAGCAGAAGAGAAAGAGGAAGGGUGAGUCAGCAGGCUGUCCCUUCCACCAGCACAUCCCGACCUACAGUGACGAGGUACUGGCUGAGGUACGGGACAUCGAGCAGCUGGUGGUCAAGGGGCGCAAGAUGGACGCCUGUCCGUACUACGGGACAAGAUACUCCAUCCCAGCUGCACAGCUGGUAGCCCUCCCGUACAACACACUCCUGCACAGACACACCCGGGAAGUCUCUGGCAUCAAACUGGCGGGUAACGUGGUCAUCAUCGACGAGGCCCAUAAUCUGGUGGACACCAUCACUGGUAUACACAGUGUGGAGAUCACUGGGGGACAGAUUGCCCGAGCUUACUCCCAGCUCACCCAGUACUCGCAGAGAUACAAGUCCCGCCUGUUAGCUACGAACCUCAGGUACAUCAAGCAGAUUCUGCACGUCUUAAAGCACUUCAUCUUGUGUCUGGGAGGAAAAGCAGGACAGUCCCCUGACGAACCAAGCACUGGGAGUCCGAAGGUGCAUCUACAGACCAUCAAUGACUUCCUGUUUACUGCUGGGAUGGACAACAUUAACCUUUUUAAGAUCCAGAGAUAUUGUGAAAAAAGCCACAUAUCCAGAAAGCUGAACGGAUUUGUGGAGAAAUAUCAGCCAAGUGUCACCUUAUAUACAGUACCAGACACCAAGUCAAACACCGGGGGAGGGGCAUCAUCUGUGAGUAAGUUCCUUCAACAAAUCAAGCAGGGAAACCAGCAACAAACUGGAGAGACCCAGCAAUCAGGUCCAGCAUCCUCAGCUGGCUCCCAGGAGGAGUCCCCUCACCAGAGCUCCUCUCCCUUCAUGCACAUCGAGGCUUUCCUCCUGGCUCUCACUAAUGCUGACAAGGAUGGCAGGGUCGUCAUCAACAAGCAAGGCCGGCUGAGCCAGUCCAGUCUGAGGUUCCUCCUGCUGAACCCAGCCCUACACUUCAGGGAGAUUGUUCAGCAGGCCAGGGCUGUAAUCAUGGCUGGGGGAACCAUGCAGCCGGUGUCAGAGUUCAAGGAGCACCUGCUGUUCGCCGCGGGAGUGGAGCCUCAGCGAAUCACAGAGUUCUCCUGUGGUCAUGUGAUCCCCGGCUGUAACCUGCUGCCUGUGGCGCUGGGUAGCGGACCCGCGGGAGGGGCGGUGGACUUCUCAUACGAGCACAGGAACAAGGAGUACAUGAUGGUAGAACUGGGCCGGGUGCUUGUGAACCUGUGUAACCUGGUUCCCGCCGGCGUCUGUGUCUUCUUCCCGUCCUACGAGUACGAGAGGCAGGUCUACAAGUUCUUUGAGGACUCCGGUGUCCUGAAACGACUUUCUGUUAGAAAACAGGUGUUCAGGGAGCCCAAGAAGGCCAGCCAGGUGGACCAGGUGUUGUCUGACUACAGCAAGUGUAUCCAGAGAUGUAAGACCCAGGGCUACAAGGCCAUGCCCCUAACUGGUGCCCUGCUCUUCAGUGUUGUGGGAGGAAAGAUGAGUGAAGGGAUCAACUUCUCCGAUGAUCUGGGAAGAUGUGUAGUAAUGGUAGGAUUACCCUACCCCAACAUCAAGUCACCUGAACUGAAGGAGAAAAUGGACUACCUGGAUGCCACAAUGCCUCAUACUACAGGAAAGUCCCCAGGGCAGAUCCACUAUGAGAACCUCUGCAUGAAGGCUGUCAACCAGUCUAUAGGCCGUGCAAUACGCCACAAGGAGGACUACGCCACGAUCGUCCUCCUGGACCGGCGCUACUUCCGACCGAACGUCUGCGCGGGCCUGCCAAACUGGAUCUCCGCCCACUUACAGACCAUUAGCAAGUUUGGGGACGCGUUUGGUACCAUUAGAAAGUUCUUCAUGGCUAAAAAAGCUGACAGAUAACAGAGGGUUUGUCAAGUUCUUCCAGAGGAAGAGCGACCUUCCGUUCCACCAGUGAAGACGUGGUGGGCAGCAUGGCUGAUGAGGUGCACCUGCUCCAGUCUAGUUCCAGUUCCAGAAUAUUUCUUUCCCCAAAAAAUGCUAGCCUAAAGUCUAGCCUUGGUCCGCUUGAAGGUCUGCUUCUGGAAGGGAGCGACUAAAAGCACAAAAAGGCUUGCCUACUGGCUAAAAUAAUGCAGGACAUAAGGAGCAAAUAUCAUGGAGAGGGGGGGUCAGACUAUUGAUCAGAGGUGCUCAGCCAAGAAAGACUUGUUGAGCCUGCUAGGGAGGCUAGAGCUUGCCCGUGUGGGCUCCCAAUACUCUCCAAGCAGAGGUUAGGCUCCGGCUGUUUUUUUAACGUCUUUUUAGUCGUUUUUAUCGGGCUUUGUAUUUUGUCAUUUUUCUUGAAGUACGCCAGCCAAACCAGCCAGUUAGGUUUUGACACAGCAAGAUAUAAAAAAAAAAAUAGAAAGCCCGAUAAAACGACUAAAAAAAACGGCCGGAGCCUAACCUCUGCUUGGAGAGUAGGCUCCCAAUACAGUCUGGAAUCCAGGGUAAGGCUGUCAAGGCCCCCUAAUCCUCCUGUGCUAGAUUUACUACACAGCUGAAGUAAGUGGACAGUUCCACCUGUAGCUGGUUCCUGCUGCUGCCCUUGGGCAGAUGCUGCUGACCUUGACUGACCUUGGGUGACCUUGGCAAUAGGGUGGGCUGAGUUGGUACUUCCUCUAGCUGCAUGUGGUUUUGGAAUGGGAUGUUGGCUAAAAGUUUUAACAAGAUUCUAUGAAGA